UUUGCUCGUCGCGUGGUGCGGAACAAUUCAGCAAUGGGAGCUGUUGGAGCAUUAAUUCUUUCUCUCACACUCUUAGUUCCCACAAUUAGUGCCAGACUCCACAAGUGCUGUCCCCUUGGCUAUGAGUUCAGUGUAAUUGUAGAUCCGAAUGGUCAGCAGUCCUAUGAUUGCAUGCCUGAACGUGAAAAUGUUACUGUGUUCGAUGAAAAUGAUUUCUUUGGGGAUUUCUCCAUCGGCGGCGACAGGAUGCGUUUUCCAAUGUGUGCGAAUGAUCGGAUGUUGCUCUUUAGGUUUACGCGAGAGCUCAUCUCUGUGUCGCCCAAUAGCUGUGUGGAUAUAGUCCAGGGUGACUACAUCCUUUUAACGUGUUCAGUUGAUCAGACCAGCCCUGAUCCACUCACAGUGCUCAGUGUACGGAAGUGCUGUGGUCAGGAAUUUGUAUACGAUCUUAGGGCACAGCAGUGUGUCCUGGGAGGCAAUAGCUCUGUGACAGAUUUACUACCGCGAAGAUCCUCGCCACUCUUUGUGCGCGGGGCCCCAGUGUGUCGUGAGAAUGAAGUGAUGGUGAUGUAUGAAUCAAAAAUUCACAAAAUCGCCCUUUCGGGUGCAACCCUCAUGAUCACCACCUUUGACCGCGGACGCCCUGUGUCGGAAUUUGUUGAUCCUUCCGCUUUUUGUGUCGAAAGUGCCCCCGAACAGGAAGACAACAUGCGGUGGAUGGUACGGGUGUGUCGACAUGAGAGUAUCUGCCAGAAGAUUCCGUGUAUUCGAAAGUGCUGUGAUCACGGGAAGAAGAUGGCCAGAGUUAACAAUGUUGCAGCUUGUUUGGAUCAUUCGGUGGACAUUCGCCCAAUUUUCCAUCUUCUCGAAGGGGAGGAUUUCCCAGAAUCCGAACCACCCACAGUUCAACCAGAAGAAUUUGGCAUCCGGCAUGGACAGCAAUGUGAAAAAUACAUCCUAGAUGGAAGUAAUCCACAAGAUUAUCACUACAUCAAUGCAAAAACUGGACAUGUGCAUUUAGACAAAUUAAAACCAAUCACCGAGGCUGGAUAUUGCGUGGAUUUUGUUGAAUUUGCGCCUGAUAAUAUUGAGUUGAGGACAUUCCUUUGCUUUGAGACACCACCUGGGCACAGCAAGGAACAUUUUAUGGUUUAUGCAAUUGGUUUGAGUAUCUCCUGCCUUUUUCUGGCCGCCACACUUCUUGUCUACGCCUGUUUGCCCAAGCUGAUGAAUCUCCAUGGGAAAACAUUAGUGAGUCACGUCUUGAGUCUCUUAAUUGCCUACGCUGGACUCUCCUACAUCCAAUUUGGCACAGACUUCCAGCCUAAAUUUUGCCAUACUGUGGCCAUGUUCAUCUACUUCAGCUUCCUCGCGGCCUUUUCCUGGCUCAAUGUUAUGUGUUUUGAUAUCUGGUGGACUUUUGGAACGGUGAGGAACUCUCGUGGGAUGAGAAAAACAAGAGAUGGAUGGCGCUUUGCUUGCUACUCAUUCUAUGCUUGGGGAAUCCCUCUACUUCUCACCCUCUUCACGUAUGCUGUGGAUUCCUUUGAAUGGUUCCCCGAAGAAUAUCGUCCAAACAUGGGCGUGAGAUCCUGUUGGUUUUCUCAAUCCAACGGCAUGGGACAUAGAUUGUUCUUCCUUCUUCCCGUUGGUAUACAAAUUGUUGCCAAUGUUGUGCUGUUUAUUCUAACCACCAUCCAUUGCAAUAAAGUCAAGAGUGAAAUCCAUAGAAUGCAGAAGAAUGACACGGAGAAGAAGAAGCGCUUCUUUGCGGAUAAAGCCCGUCUCGUGAUGAAUGUGAAGCUUUUCAUUGUAAUGGGCGUUUCGUGGUUCAUGGAACUCCUGGCAACAAUUUUCCGUGAACCCAUUGAGAUGUGGUACGUUUCGGAUGCCUUCAAUGUCCUCCAGGGUGUUUGUGUCUUUUUCAUCUUUGUCUUCAAACGGAAUGUCUUGGUGGCCAUUAAGAAGCGCUUCGGUAUGAUGACCAAAUCAACGCGUGAAGCUACAGCGGCUACAACCAAAACUACCCUAACUGGAUCAGCGCAGCACAUUUCCUCUGACCCGUAUACACCACGGUAUGGGAAGCUAAGUAAGAAUUCCAGUAGUUCCUCCGUGACCAUCUCCAACAAUUGCCGAAAGUUUUGAAAGCUCUCAUUUGUUGGCUUUCGCCUAAUGGGGGGAAUCUUUAAGGCUUAUACCAACUUAUUGUACGUACAAGCUUUUCUGUGUUUAUCCACUACAUAGUAUUUUACAUAAGGAUUUUAUCAAAAGAAAAAAAAAGAAGAAAAAAAAUUAUAAGAGUGCGAAGAAAGUGAGUAGGAUGAUAAAAGACGUGUUACCAAUUACAAGACUUCUGGGAUUAUUUUAAUAAAUUGUUCUCAAAUCUCUGUAUAUUCUAACAAAUCACCUAAUUUCUUAAAUAAAUGCCAUAAAUCUUUC